AUGGCCGCCUGGCCGCAGCCCGCGGACGCGGACACCCUCCGCAUCUGCGUGGCCACCGACACCCACAUCGGGUACAUGGGCAAGGACAACGUGCGGAAAAACGACGCGCUGAACACAUUCGAGGAGGUCUUACAGAUUUGCCGUGGGAGUUCUGCAGACUUGAUUCUUCACGGUGGCGACCUCUUCCACGAGAACAAACCGCAGCGUGGUUGCCUGUACAAUGCCAUGGAGCUGCUUCGUCGGUACUGCCUUGGCCCCGGCGACGUGGGCUUCCAGGUUGUCAGCGGCCCCGAGAUGUUUCGACGAGGAUUGGUGAAUUAUGAGGACCCGAACAUGAAUGUGGACAUGCCGAUGUUCAUGAUCCACGGCAAUCAUGACGACCCAGGUGGCGAUAGCAACCUCUCUGUUGCGAACCUUCUGGAGGUAGCCAGCUUGGUCAAUUAUUUUGGUCGUGCCGAGAACCUUGAGAACAUAGUGGUGAAGCCAGUUCUCUUGCAGAAAGGGCAGACCAGGGUCGCCAUUUUCGGGGUGACGGAUAUGGCCUCGGAAAUAUCCGUGAUGAAAGACUGCACCGUGCUUUACAAAAUCGCGCUGUCCGCUUUGAGACACCGGAGAAUGUGGAGCAGUGGUUCAACAUCAUGGUGCCGGACGGAUACUUCACCAGAAUCGGCACAAGGGCAACAAGGGUGGCGUGCCGAAUAA